GAAAGAGAAACCCGACCAGAAGGCACCAAGUAUCUCGAACUUGCUGUCAUUGGUGACGCCAAGCUGUACAGUCAACGCGGCAGCAAUACCCAGACAGCUCUCACAACACUUUUUAAUGCGGUGAAGAAUGUCCUGCAGCUCGAUUCGCUGGCUGGAACCAACCUCGUCCCCAUACUAGUGCACAUGGUAAUCUUGACGCCAAGUCAGCCUGGAUUUACAACCAGCUCAGAUCCUGAAGAGUCUUUAGAAAACGCCGAGGGGUGGCUGCAAAACAAUAGGUACCCGUCUUCGGAUAAGCGUCACUGGGACAAUGCUGCCGUGAUGAGCGGAUGGUCCUUCACAGAAGAUACCCUUGGCCUGGCCAAUCUGGGCGAAUGUGACAACGAAAAAGCAGUUUCCAUUUCAAGCUUCCUCGGCUUUGACGUGGCGACCGACACGGCUGCGCAUGAAAUCGGACACAAUUUGGGUAUGUGUCAUGACAGCUUUCAAAACAAUUGUCCUCCUUCUGGAUACAUCAUGGCCGCCGAAACAACCGACGUCAGGGUUAAGCCCAAAUGGUCUUCGUGCAGUAAACGUUACUACAACCACUUUAUCGCGAGCAAAGACUGCUACAACGACUCUUAGAUCAUGUCAUCCGGAUCCGAGCCUGAUCUAUCUAUACAUCAAGUAACGACGCAAAAUAAAAAUUGGUGAUGGGCUUCGGGUAAUCUACUGAAUUUUACCUUUUGAAUAUACACGCCUGCAUUUAUUUCCUGUUUAUUCACAACCUUUCAAAGGCAAUAACUGUAUAUCGUAGUGUCAUGGGAGAAUGUCUUCACUGGCAAUUUUUCUGUAAUCUAGGUUGUUGAGUUUUUCAGAUCAUUUCCAAUAAAUUUAUUGAAAUUUGCAAUUCGUCAUCAUUGUAAACGUUUAUUUGCCCAGUAUUUCGCAUAUUUUGAAUUUAAGCGAUCUUAUUAAGUAACAUAAACCCACAAAAUAGUCGUCAUAGAAAUCAGUUAAAUUUGUUUACGGUGUAAACAAACAUUUUCUUGUGUACAUGAAAAGGCUAAAAUUUGUGUAUAAACCUUUCUUCGAAAACACAAUACGCGGUUUAAAUCAUUUUUGCCCUGCAGAGAUCAUUGCAAUUGGGGUGAUUUCAGUAAUUUGUUUUGGAGCCAUUUUGCCCCUUCGUAAAAACGGUGACAAGUUAUGAAGACUCCAGUCAAUUGUAGAAUGUCAUUUCCUCUGAUGUGAUCCAAACCAUUCGUGACGAAGUCGAAAUUAACCGUUUUUAAUGCGAAAUAAAACAUGUUAUGUUUGCGUUUUCUUCAAGCCAGAUGAUCAGAAUUACAAGCUGGACCGAAAAUAAAGUUGGUAUUCAAAAAUAUUACAAAUAGAACAGUGUUUGCACACUUAGACCACUCUUUAAAUCUUAACAACCCUUUUGAAUCAGAAAAGCUUUGUUUCGUUUAAAUCCAACAUUUAUAGUGUUUAGUUGUCAAUCAGUUUAUGACUUUACUGAAUUUCAUCCAUGCAAAACGUUGUAGCUCAAAGAGCCGUAACGUUUCUAUAUGGGCUUGAGUUGCGCAUCAUUUUUAAUGAUAAUAUAUCAAUUUCUUAAUUGCUUUAUUUUUCCAGGUUAAACAAAAA